AUCGCCCUACCGGGCAACGACUCUCAGCAACUCCGCGGAACAUCAGGGUCCUGGCAGUGACUAUGGGCGGUGAGAAUUUGCUCCUGCUGCAGUUGCGGUCAUCAUGACUACGCCCACCUCCCGCAGACCAUGUUCCAUGUUUCUUUUAGGUAUAUCCUUGGAAUUCCUCCCUUGAUCUUUGCUCUGUUGCCAGUAGCAUCAUCUGAUUGUGAUAUUGAAGGUCAAGAUGGCAAAGUAUAUGACAGCAUCUUAAGGGUCAGCAUUGAUGAUUUAUUGGACAGCAUGAAAGAAAUUGAUAGCAAUUGCCUGAAUAAUGAAUCUAACUUUUUUAAAAAACAUUUAUGUGAUGAUAAUAAGGAAGGUACGUUUCUAUAUCGUGCUGCUCGCAAGUUGAAGCAAUUUCGUAAAAUGAAUAACAGUGACAAUUUCGAUCACCAUUUAUCAAUAGUUUCACAAGGCAUAUUAAAACUGUUGAACUGCACCAACAAGGUUAGAGGAAGAAAACCACCUCCCCUGGGUGAAGCCCAACCAACGAAGAAUUUGGAAGAAAAUAAAUUUUUAAAGGAACAGAAAAGACAGAACGGCUUGUGUUUCCUAAAGGAACUAUUACAAAAGAUAAAAACUUGUUGGAAUAAAAUUUUGAGGGGCACCAGAGAACAAUGAAAAAUAUGGAGUGGCGAUAUAGAAACAUACAAACUUUAGUUGUAUCUUCCAAGAAUCUUUCUGCUUAUGCAAUAUUUUGGAAUAGAAUGUCUUCUGGAAUUACUGCCUGCAUCCUGGUAAAAAUGGAUUAGAGCAAUUCAGAAAUCCAUACUGUAUUACUAGAACCUGGAUGCAAACAUAGAAAUGAACGCUGCAGUCAACAAGCUACUUCCUAUGUAUGCCCAUGUGUAUCAAUCGGUAUUCUGUGCUGAUUUUUGUAAGACAAUUCAUGUAAGGUAUCAGUUGCAAUGAUACUUUUCAAACCUGUUUAAAUAUUUCAGGAGAAGACAUCAAAUCCUUCUGAUGAGGCAUGUAAAGGUUACAGGAUUCAAAAUUAACACUGCUUUAUUAUGAAAAUAAUCUUAUGGCCUACUAUGAAUCAGUAUACUAUAUGAAGUGUAAAUUGUGGACAAUGCCGAUGAGAACAAGAGAGUCAUACACCUUAAAGGAGCAGCAAUAUAAAGAAGUCCAAGACACUUAUGAAUGAUAUCAAGAGAUGUAACUGAACAUGAAUAUGUAACACAGUGCCUUCAAUAAAUGAUCUAAUAAAUGUUCUAAAAUGAAAAACAGAACAGUCAAAAAAUAGAAAUGCACCUAGUCUAAGGAUACUAAACCUUAGUUCUGAGUUAUUUUUGUCAGUUAUGUAUAAUAAAACUUGUCUAAAUGAGUUUGCAGUUUGAGAUGUAUAUUUUUAAGAGAAUAAUAUAUGCCAGCCUUUUAAUUGAUGGAAUGUGUAUAUUUAAUUUUGACACUAUACCUGUAUAUAAAAGUAUUUUCAUACAGUACUACAAACAAAUUGCUUACUUUGGAUCCUAUUUCUCCUUGGA